CUAAUCGUCUGCUUUUAGACUCCGGGACUUCGAUGUUCACGGGGGGGAUCGGUGGCUGCAAGUUUGGCCCGCCCUUCCCUCUGACCCCUUGGCACUGGCAGCCCGCAGCUAUAAACCGUUACCAGAAUGAGUUGGCCACCUUCUCUGCAGACCCAAACCUGUGGGGCCUGGGAGAUGAAAGAACGUCUUGGAACCGGAGGUUUUGGAAAUGUCAUCCGCUGGCAAAACAAGGAAACAGGGGAGCAGAUAGCUAUCAAGCAAUGUCGGCAAGAGCUCAGCACCCGGAAUCGAGAGAGGUGGUGCUUGGAAAUCCAGAUCAUGAGAAGACUGAACCAUCCGAACGUGGUGGCCGCCCGGGAUGUCCCCGAGGGGAUGCAGAAUCUGGCACCCAAUGACCUGCCGCUGCUGGCCAUGGAGUACUGCCAAGGGGGAGACCUCCGCAAGUUCCUUAACCAGUUCGAGAACUGCUGCGGCCUGCGGGAAGGAGCCAUCCUCACUCUGCUUUCCGACAUCGCUUCUGCACUCAGGUACCUUCAUGAAAACAGAAUCAUCCAUCGAGAUCUGAAACCAGAAAAUAUCGUCUUGCAGCAGGGACAGCAGAGGUUAAUCCACAAGAUCAUUGAUUUGGGCUAUGCAAAGGAGCUGGAUCAGAGCAGUUUGUGCACGUCUUUUGUGGGGACACUGCAGUAUCUGGCCCCUGAGCUGUUGGAACAACAGAAAUACACAGUGACCGUGGACUACUGGAGCUUUGGAACCCUGGCGUUCGAGUGCAUCACAGGAUUCCGGCCAUUUCUGCCCAACUGGCAGCCAGUGCAGUGGCAUUCAACAGUACGACAGAAGAGCGAGCUGGAUAUUGUCGUUAGUGAAGACUUAACUGGAGAAGUGAAAUUUUCCAGCCGUUUACCAUACCCUAAUAACCUUAACCGAGUUCUGGCUCUCCGGCUGGAAAAGUGGCUGCAGUUAAUGUUAAUGUGGCAGCCAAGACAGAGGGGUACGGACCACAUCUAUGGGCCCAACGGCUGCUUCAAGGCAUUGGAUGACAUCCUGGGCCUCAAGCUAAUUCAUGUCUUAAACAUGGUAACCGGCACUAUGCACACCUACCCAGUGACAGAGGAAGAAAGUUUGCAAAGCAUGAAAAGUAGGAUUCAGGCUGACACAAAGAUCCCAGAGGAAGAUCAAGAACUAUUACAGGAAGCUGGGCUGGCGUUAUUUUCAGACAAACCUGACACUCAGGGUAUUACAGAUGGCAAGCUGAAUGAUGGCCGGAUAUGGGACAUGGACGUCCUUUUUCUGUUUGACAACAGUAAAGUCACUUACGAGACCCAGAUCUCCCCACGUUCCCAUCCUGAGAGCGUCAGUUGCAUCCUUCAGGAACCCAAGAAGAAUCUCCCCUUCUUCCAGCUACGGAAAGUGUGGGGCCAGGUCUGGCACACUAUCCGAACCCUGAAGGAAGACUGUAACCAGCUCCAGCAAGGACAGCGAGCAGCCAUGAUGAACCUCCUUCGUUAUAACAGCUCGCUGUCCAAGAUGAAAAAUUCGAUGGCUUCUAUGUCUCAGCAGCUGAAAGCUAAACUGGAUUUCUUUAAAACCAGUGUCCAGAUUGACCUGGAGAAGUACAGUGAGCAAACGGAGUUUGGAAUCACAUCAGACAAACUGCUGCUGGCCUGGAGGGAGAUGGAACAGGCGGUGGAGCUCUGUGGGCGGGAGGCUGAGGUGGAACAGCUGGUGGGGCGGAUGAUGGCACUUCAAACCGACAUUGUGGACUUACAGAGAAGUCCAAUGGGUCGGAAACAAGGGGGAAAUUUAGAUGACUUAGAAGAACAAGCCAGGGAACUUUACCGGAAACUAAGGGAAAAGCCAAGAGAUCAAAGAACUAGUGGUGACAGUCAGGAAAUGGUUCGUCUGCUACUUCAAGCAAUCCAGAGCUUUGAGAAGAAAGUACGAGUAAUUUAUAAUCAGCUCAGCAAAACCGUGGUGUGCAAGCAAAAGGCACUGGAACUAUUUCCCAAAGUGGAAGAGGUGAUGAGUUUAAUGAAUGAAGAUGAGAAAACGGUUGUCCAGCUUCAAGAGAAACGACAGAAAGAGCUGUGGAAUCUGUUGAAGAUUGCUUGUAGCAAGGUGCGUGGUCCUGUCAGUGGGAGCCCAGACAGCAUGAACAUGUCACGUCUCAGCAACUCUAAUCAGUUGUUGUCUCAGCCUCCUGCGGUCCCCUGCAGCUUACCGGAGCCCAUCAGAAAAAGUGAAGAACUAGUGGUUGAAGCCCAGAAUCUCUGUACCCAGUUAGAAAAUGCAAUGCAAGACACCAUGAAAGAGCAGGAUCGGAGUUUUAUGGCACUGGACUGGAGCUGGCUACAGAUUGAGGACGAAGAGAGGAACAGUCUGGAGCAGACCCAGAUCUGACUCCACGAUGCUCUGUUUGGAGCCAGACCCCAUGACUUUUGGUCCCUGAGACCCUAACUCCGCUCCUGGGAUACGGAGCGGAUCCUCUGAACGUGGAUUUAAGUGCCUGGAUGGUGAGCAGCUUCCUCCGGUGCCACUGACUCUGAACGGGGAUGCCGGUCCUAGGAGUGACCGACUGCGUCCCGUGCCAGACAGCACCCUGCACCUUCUCGACCUUAAUCAAUGUUAAAUAAUGACGAUUUCUGAUAGUUGAGGAGAUUUCCACCGGUCCCAGCCCCCAGAUUCCUUCUUGGUUUCUUCCUCUUCAGCCACAGUUAAGCUCCUUGCCUGAGACUCCGGGCCUCUCUCACGUCUGGAUAAGAGCUCUCUCUCCACUCAGAUGUCAGUGCUACUGCUUCUAAGACAUCAUUUUUAUCCACUACAUUGUUCUCAUGCUUCUCUCCUCAUCAAGGCCAGGCUGCCAUUCCUCUUGACAGGGCACUCCAGGCUUCACAUCGGCAAGAGCCCGUGAGAUUUUAAGACUGCAGGAAGCCUCCUUGCCUACAGUUCAAGUGUUUGUGGGGAGGAAAAAGGAACCCCUGUUGUGCCUACCAAAAAUCGGCGUGAUUUUCACCUGCCUCUCCCAUGCGUUUGAAACCUGGUCGGCUCAAUUAGGCAACAGCAAUGGUGACUGAGAAGCAGCAGGCCUUGUGGAAAGGCUGGGGGCUGGGUUCUAAUCCUGCCUCCACCACUUGUCUACUC